AUGUCCGCAUGACGUCAUAUUUGUGCGACUGUUUGGAAGCGCCUUAUCGGCUGAUGCAGAAAUCUUCGAUCUGUUAUUUAAAGCUUUAAAUGGGUAUAUCAUCAACUGUUACAUUUUUAAAUAACUUAUAUUGCUAUCGGAUUGCUAUUGUGUGAUGAAGCCGGGCAGAAGAUGUUUAUGCCACGAUCUUUGAAGCUCAAAAGAGCAACUGAGACCCAUCAGCAGAACCCCAAGAGAAGCAAAGUAACGUCUGAAGACGCUGUUUCCACAUCUCCAUCAGACACCACAUCCGUGAUCCCUGAUGAGAUAUGUCCUACAGAUGAGACUGUAAAUAAACAAGAAGAUUCGUUAACAUUACAAACAGGCGAUAAUGUGAAUAAACAAGAAGAUUUGAACACAGAUACUUUAACAUUACAAACAGGCGAGACUGUGAAUAAACAAGAAGAUUUGGACGCAGAUACUUUAACAUCACAAAUAAGCGAGAGGGAAACAGAAAAGGAACCCGAGCAGAUUGAAGAAUCCGAUGAAGAGGAGGAACCUGUGAAGUCCUUUAAGAAGAACCAGAGAUGGCCCGAACCCGGAGAACCUGUAUGCGUUAUGUGUGGUCGAUAUGGAGAAUACAUCUGCGAUAAAACAGACAACGACGUAUGUAGUCUGGAGUGUAAAGCCAGUCAUUUGGCUAAAAUGUGCCUGGACUUUGGGGAGAAGGUUUUUCAUAAAGAAUUACAGGAGGGCACAGAUGGAUCAGGCACCAAUAAUACUGGUGCUCACGAUCUGGUUUACUCCUACAAGGAGGACCCAUUCAUUUCUGAACUAACAGAGGAACAGGUUGAGAGAGUUAAAACUGAGUUGGCGAUUGCGACUCGAGGUCGUGAGGUCUUUAGACCGAUUAUAGAGUUUGAUCACUGUCACUUUCCCACAGUACUCAGUGCGAACUUGAAGAAGGCUGGAUAUGAGGCGCCCACUCCCAUCCAGAUGCAAAUGGUUCCUGUUGGUUUAAGUGGGAGAGAUGUGAUUGCUACUGCUGAUACGGGCUCUGGAAAGACAAUUGCCUUCCUUCUUCCUGUGGUGGUUCGUGCCCUCGAGAGCCAAACUUCCGUUCCAGCUAGUCCCAUUUGUCUUAUCCUGACCCCGACCAGAGAGCUGGCCAUCCAGAUAGAGAAACAGACAAAAGAGCUGAUGAUGGGUCUGCCAAACAUGAGAACUGCUCUUCUAGUGGGUGGGAUGCCAUUACCUCCUCAACUCCAUCGACUUAAGCAGAAGAUUAAGAUUGCAAUAGCCACUCCAGGGCGCCUUCUUGAGAUCUUGAAACAGAAAGCUGUACAGCUGAAAGAUGCCAGAGCCGUUGUGGUCGAUGAGGCGGAUACCAUGCUGAAGAUGGGCUUUCAGCAACAGGUUCUUGAGGUUCUUGAGCACGUCCCUGAAGACCAUCAGACGCUGCUGACGUCAGCCACCAUUCCCACAGGAACUGAACAACUGGCAGCUCGCCUCACCCGCGACCCAGUGAACAUCACUAUCGGACAGAAGAACCAGCCGUGCGCCAACGUCCGUCAGAUAGUCCUCUGGGUGGAGGAACCAUCAAAGAAAAAGAAACUUUUUGAGAUUUUAAAUGACAGAAAGCUCUACCAGCCACCGGUAGUCGUAUUUGUGGACUGCAAACUGGGGGCAGAUCUGCUUUGUGAAGCUGUGCAGAAGGUUAUGGGAUUAAACACAGUCGCCAUACACUCGGACAAAACACAAUGGGAACGCAAUAAAAUUGUAAAGGGUCUUCUGGAUGGCCAGUUUGAAGUGGUGGUCAGCACUGGUAUUUUAGGCAGAGGGCUCGACCUAGUCAAUGUUAAGCUGGUGGUUAACUUUGACAUGCCUGCGAACAUGGAUGAAUACGUUCAUCAGAUCGGUCGGGCAGGCAGACUGGGACACAGAGGCACAGCCAUCACCUUUAUGAACAAUAAUAGCAAGCGUCUGUUUUUGGACAUUGUGAACAGAGUUAAACCCACCGGCUCCAUAUUGCCACCGCAGCUUCUCAACUCCCCUCAUCUGCACGAACAAAUGAGGAGAGCCAAACAGAAAAGCAAACACGGAGAGGAUACUGAAGUUACUAAAAGCAACAUCAUUGACAUCAUCAGAAAGCAUGACAGACGCUCAGUGAAAAAAUAAAAGAAUGUUUUUGUAGUUUGUAUUUGCAAUAAAUGUCACAACUGAAUAAAGCCAUUUUUCUUUGCUUUAAUACUCA